CUCUUUCUCUCUCUCUCUUAAUCAUCAUAAUCCUUAAUAUCGUCAUCUCCAUUCAUUUCUCUCUGUCUCUGUCUCUCUCUCUCUGUGUCUCUCUCUACAUUUAUCUCUUUCUUUCUUUCUUUCUUUCCCCCACAGCCCAUUCUCUCCUUUCUUUUCUCAGUCAAUUUUGCAGGGGCAGGGGCAGGACAGUGCAGUGCUAGUUGAUGAUGAUGAUGAUUAUGCCCGUCUGCUUAUCUUCACUUUCUUCUUUACUGCUUGCUUCUUUUUCCUUAAAUCUUAUUUUAUUUGGUUCCAAAUUAGAGUAAAAUAAACAAAGGAAUAAAGAUCAAAUCUGAAGGCCAGCACUAACUCAUAGAAAUUCACUUUCUGGCUUUCUUUUCUUUCCAGUUGUCGACUCUCUUCUUCUUUUUCCAUUCUUAACAUCGAUCCCACAAUCUUCAUCUUUCACCAAAACUUCUCUUUUGCUCUCUCUCUCUCUCUCUCUCUCUCUCUCUCUCUCUCUUACCUCCAGCAACAUUACGAGUAACUGAGUGAGUAAAUGAAUAAGCUUAGGGAAGAAGCGAAAGUGAGAAGAAGAUCCAGUUGAUCAUUUUGUGGCUGCUGCGACUGGUGCUAGAAUUAUAUAUAUAUAUAUAUAUAUAUAUAUAUAUAUUAGAAUUUGGAAAGCAAGGUGCAAGGCGCACAAGUGGAGGAGCUAGCUAGCUAGCUGGGUGUUGAAAAAUUAAAGAGGCAACAAGGAGGUGGAGGGUCUAAUAAAGCUCAGUACUAAAUGAGUGCUGCUGGAGCUAACCCGAACCCGAUGGGUAUGGAGAGCAGCGAGCAAGGUGGUGGUGGUGGUCAGCUAGUAGUAGAAGCGGCUUCUCCUAUCAGCAGCAGACCUCCUGCCUCAGCCUCAGCCCCAGUUAAUUUGGAUGAACUGAUGCCUUUACAAGGUGAUGAAGUUGGGGAUGAGGCCGAUCGAGCAGGAGGAGCAGCCGGUGGCGUUGGCGGUGGUAAUCGGUGGCCUCGUCAAGAGACUUUAGCACUUCUCAGAAUUAGGUCGGAGAUGGACGCUGUUUUCCGUGAUGCCACUCUCAAGGGCCCUCUCUGGGAAGAUGUUUCUAGGAAGCUAGCGGAGCUGGGAUACAAAAGGAAUGCCAAGAAAUGCAAGGAAAAAUUCGAGAACGUUCACAAGUAUUACAAGCGAACAAAAGAAGGGCGAGCCGGUCGUCAAGAUGGGAAAAGCUACAAGUUCUUCAGCGAGCUUGAGGCUCUCCAUAGCUCAUCACCUGCCAGUAGCAGUGCCGCCACCACCAGCAAUAACCCCUCACCUUUCCUCAUAUCCCCGCCACCCGCGACGACUACUACCAACCCAGCUGUUGUUUCCAGUACAGCUGGGAUAGGCAUCAUCAGCAACCCUAUGCCAAUCUCUUCUGUCAGAGUUACCCAAGCUCCUCCUCCUACUAUCGGAAUAUUUCCUGCCAAUCCGAGUGCAUCAACAGCAGCAGCAGCGAUGACUGCACCUGUGGUGUCUGUACAACCACCAGCAGCUGCAGUAGUAAGAACAACCACCCAGCUGCCCACUGGUAUCAGCUUUUCAUCUAAUAGUUCGUCCUCUUCUCUGGGCACCAAUGACGAUGACGAUGAUGAGGAGAGCCUAGAACUAGAAGGGGAGCCAUCUAACGUAGGUAGCAGCCGCAAACGUAAACGGGGGUCAUCAUCAAGCAGUGGCACCCGUAGGAUGAUGCAAUUCUUUGAGAAUCUAAUGAAACAGGUAAUGCACAAGCAAGAAGUGAUGCAACAAAGAUUUCUGGAAGCCAUUGAGAAAAGAGAGCAAGACAGGAUGAUAAGAGACGAAGCUUGGAAGAGGCAGGAGAUGGCUAGGCUUGCCCGUGAGCACGAGGUCAUGGCUCAGGACCGAGCUAUCUCCGCUUCUAGGGAUGCCGCCAUUGUUACUUUUCUACAAAAGAUUACUGGCCAGACCAUACAAUUACCUACACCUGCACCACCUCCAAGUUUUCCUGCUGCCCCAACACCGCAAGCCCCUAUCCCCUCGCAGACUCCAGCGCCAGCUCCAGCGCCAACGCCAACGCCAACGCCGCCACCAUCACAGUCACAACAACAGCAACAAGUUCACCAACAUUCUCAAAACUUCUCCCAAGUAGUGAUGGCUGUGCCAGAACAACAGGUACCCCCACAGGCACGGGACAUUAUUAUGAGUGGUGGAGGAGGGAGCUUUGAAGCAACAUCAUCCUCGAGAUGGCCCAAGGUAGAAGUUCUUGCACUUAUAAAGUUGAGGAGUGGGCUUGAACAAAGGUACCAAGAAGCAGGGCCCAAGGGUCCACUUUGGGAAGAAAUUUCAGCUGGGAUGCACAGGAUGGGUUACAAGAGGAAUCCGAAGAGAUGCAAGGAAAAAUGGGAAAACAUCAAUAAGUACUACAAAAAGGUGAAGGAAAGCAACAAGAAACGCCCCGAAGAUGCCAAAACCUGUCCUUACUUUCACGAACUAGAUGCCCUUUACCGGAAAAAGAUACUUGGCGGCGGCUCUACCAGUGGUGGCGGCGGCACCAGCACUACUUUUGUUAACCAAAAUAUGCCACAACAACAACAAGAGACCAUCAAACAAGAUACAAGUGAUGCCCCAGCAGCAGCAAUUAUGCCAACUCCACAAACGCAACAACAACCACUCGCUGCUACCACUGCAUCUGAAAACAAAAAUGGAGCUAGUACACAUGUACAGGCCCAGACCCAGUCAAGCAAUGUAGGUUUGCCAGAAGAUCUCUUUGGAGAAGGAAUUGGAGGGGCAUCCAAGAAGCCAGAAGACAUUGUGAAGGAGUUAAUGGAGCAGCAGGAGCAUCAACGUCAGCAACAAUUAAUAGUAGAAGACUAUGACAAAAUUGAGGAAGCUGAAAGCGACAAUAUGGAUGAUCAAGAGGAAGAAGAAGAAGAAGAGGACGAGGAUGAAGAUGAUGAGAAUGAAGAAUUAGAAGUGGGAAGCAAAAUGAGCUAUAAGAUAGAAUUUCAGAGACAGAAUACAGGGUCCUCUAAUGGGGGAGGAAAUGGACCUCCCUCAUUUUUGGCCUUGGUUCAAUAGUCCUUGCCCUUGCAGCCAUGAUUUCGUACCCAGUUAAGUCAAGUCAGGUCAGGUCAGGUCCUCGCCAAAACUGUACCAUAAAUGUAUGUACGUGUUUAGAAGCUCGAGAAGAUACCUAGCUAGCUAGCUAACGUCUGUGUUGAAAUCCUCAUUAUGAUAACCUUAAUUCCUCCUCCUCCUCCUUUCAGUGUCAGGAAAAGAAAAAAAUAUAUUAUUUUCCUAUCCAAUUCUUUCUGACUCCUAUGAUCACUAGCUAACAUCUUCUGCUACUUGUCCGGUACCUUGAGUUAGAAUAUACAUGUGUACGUUAAUUAAGGUGGGAAAUCUUUGGAUGGCAAUGCAGUCACUUCACUUGUACUAGAUUUUUCUAAUUUAUUGAUUUGUUGGUGAAUAAACCGUUUCAAAGGUAAAA